UCUACUGGAAAGAGUAAUGUUAGCGAGCCUACGGCUACUCCGAUAGAGGAAGAAUGCACUCCUCCAGCAUACCACGAGUUUCCACCGGAUCUCUUCACCCACAAGCAACGCGCUCAUGGAGCUGUGAUCAUCCACAUCGCCGUGAUCAUCUACAUGUUCUACGCUGUUGCAGUCGUUUGCGAUGACUACUUUGUUGCUUCGCUGGAGGAAUGUUGCUCAAGACUGAAUUUGAGCGAAGAUGUUGCUGGAGCAACCUUUAUGGCUGCUGGAAGCUCAGCUCCCGAAUUAUUUACAGCUAUAUUAGGUGUUUUAGUUGCAAAAGGGGACGUCGGGACCGGCACAAUUGUAGGUUCUGCUGUUUUUAACGUGUUGUUCGUCAUCGGUAUCUGCGGCUAUUUUUCAGGCAGAAUUGUGGAGCUGACAUGGUGGCCGUUGUUCCGGGAUUCCAUAUUUUACUCGGCAACUGUUAUCCUCCUCAUUGCAAUCAUUUUUGAUAGUGAGGUUACAUGGUACGAGUCUGUGAUCAUGAUGGUGAUUUACGGAUUAUAUAUUUUAUUAAUGAAAUUCAACAGCGACGUCCACUUUUGGAUUUCCCGAAGACUUGGCAUAGAAGAUGACACGACACAGAAUAUAGGAAUCCUGGCCCAGGGAGACAAGAAAAAUUACAGCUCAUAUGUUCCAUUUAAUAAUGAGAUAGACGAAUGCGCAUCAAUGCCGGUCACGGCCCACUUCAGUAUCAAGAAGAUGAUGCCUGCCGAUGAAAGCAUAAGACUCUCGCCGAGACUCUUGUCGAUCCAUGAAGCAGCUCUAGUAUUUUUGAUGAAGAGGCAAUUCAGACCAAAGACUCGAUUUCGUGCUGCUGCCAUCCGAAUCAUAAUAGAGCAACGUCGAAUGAGAAAGGAAACCAAUAAGAUGCAAGGCCAAGUCUCAAUAGAAUCGCAAGACAGCAUCCACAAGGCGAAGCCAAAAGCCUUUAGUACAAGUAUGGGGCUUACAGCAGAAUCUAACUGGAGAAACUUACCUACAAGAGAAGAAGGAUUGUGUCGCCUGGUAAAAUGGAUUAUUCAAGCUCCUCUGCUGGUGGUUUUGCACUAUACCAUCCCCGAUUGCCGAAAGGACAGGUGGAGGAAGUUCUUCCUCCUCACCUUCUUCACCUCCAUCGUGUGGACGGCCAUCUUCUCUUACGUCAUGGUGUGGAUGGUAACUUUGGUGGGCUACACCCUUGGCAUUCCGGACAGCAUCAUGGGAAUCACUUUCUUGGCAGCAGGAACGAGCGUGCCGGAUGCGUUUGCUAGCCUCAUAGUAGCGAGACAAGGGCUAGGAGAUAUGGCAGUGUCCAACAGUUUAGGCAGCAACAUCUUCGAUAUUCUCAUUGGAUUGGCUUUCCCAUGGUUCAUGCAAACGGCUCUCAUAGAACCCGGAUCUAUCGCUGUUAUCAACAGCAGAGGAAUGGUUUAUUCUGUUAUACUUCUCUUCAUGACAAUUAUUAUUACGAUCGCAGGUAUCUCCCUGAGCCAAUGGCAGCUGACUCCCCGUCUGGGGAUAGUCCUGCUGAGCGUGUACGCCCUCUUUCUGGUCAUCUCCAUCCUGCUGGAGUUCAACUUCCUCGGAUAUGUGAAUCCGCCCAUGUGCCAAGACUGA